CUCUCAUUUUUUUUUCUCUUCUUCAUCUUCUCCGUCGGUCCCCUUCACCCUCAUCUUGGAAGAUGGCUCCCGUUCCCGUCCAAAAGGCGCAGCUGAGCGCCGAGAGGACCGCAUCUGGGUUCACACGGUGGAUUGAGGAGAACCGCACACUAGCCAUCAGUCUUGCGCUUGGCACCUUGGCUGUCGGCGGUGCCGGGGCCUACUACCUCUAUUCGAAUCCUUCUUCCUCUUCCUCCGGCGACAGGACCAAGGACCGAGAUGUCGAGAAGGGCGAUGACAAAAGCGCAGGAUCGUCUGCGGCGAAGAAGAAGAAGGGAAAAAAGGGCAAGAAGGGCAAGGAAAGCCCUACGGAAGCACCGGCUAAAGACGCCUCUGGACCCCUCCUGGACGAGGCUAGCGAUGAGUCGCUCUUUGGCCUCUCAGAGGGCGAAAUUGUCAGAUUACCCGACGAGAAACGCAAGUCUUUGGCUCAAGCGCUCAAGGCGGCAGGGAACAAGGCAUAUUCGAGCCGCCAAUUCGAGGAGGCUAUUGGCUAUUACACCAAGGCUAUUGCCGCCAAUCCUCUGGCCGUCUUCUACAGCAACCGAGCUGCUUGCUACUCCAAUCUCGGCCGGCCAAGCGACGUGAUUCCAGAUUGCGACAAGGCAUUGUCCAUGGACCACACCUAUGUCAAGGCCCUCAACCGUCGAGCCGUGGCGCGGGAGCAGCUGGGUGGGGACGCCAUCGAAGAGGGCAAGGAGGGCGACGAGAAGCGAGACCUCCUUUUCCUUAGCUUGGCCGACUUUACCGCCGUUGCCAUCCUGGGUCACUUCAAGGACCAGGGCGCCACCGACGCCGUCGAGAGAGUCCUCAAGAAGAUUGCCACGUCCAAGGCAAAGGAGAUUCUUCGGACGAGGGAACCCAAGCUGCCUUCGCCAACCUUUGUCACAGCCUACCUCGAAGCCUUCCGGCCCAAGCCCACGCCUGAGCUGCCUCAGAAUCCGUCGCAGGGCGACCAGACGCUCAUCCGAGCGUACGAGGCCUGCCAGGCUCGCGAUUACCCCCACGCCUUUACGCUCUUCAACGAAGCCAUUGAGCAGGGCCUCAGCAACGAGGACCUCGAGGCGCUGGCACACAACAUGCGAGGGACAUUCAAGUUUGUCAUUGGCAACGCAAAGAGUGCCCUGGAGGACCUCGAGAAGAGCACGACUCUGCGGCCAAACAUGGUGCAGAGUUGGGUCAAGAAGGCAUCGGUGCACAUGGAGCUGAGUGCAAAGGAGGAGGCCUUCCGCGACUUCGACAUUGCCAUCCAAGCAAACGCAGACGACCCCGACAUUUACUACCACCGCGGCCAGGUCCACUUCAUCCUUGGCGAGUACGAGCGAGCGAUUGAAGACUACCAGAAGUCGACAUCGCUGGACGACAAGUUCAUCUUCAGUCAGGUGCAGUAUGCUGUGGCCCAAUACAAGACGGGCAAUGUGGGCAAGUCGACUGCGUCGUUCCGCAAGCUACUGCGCGACUUUGAGGGAUCGUCGGAGGCAUACAACUACUUCGGAGAGCUGCUGCUCGACCAGCAGCGUUUCGAGGAUGCCCUGGAGAAGUUCGACCGGGCAAUUGCCAUUGAGUCGGAAAAGGAGAGGAGCUCGAACGUGCUGCCGAUGAUCAACAAGGCGUUGGCCCUGUUCCAAUGGAAACAGGAGAUGGCAGCGGCAGAAGACCUGUGCAGGCGGGCGCUGGAGAAGGAUCCGGAUUGCGAUGUGGCCGUGGCGACAUUGGCUCAGCUGAGCCUGCAGCAGGGAAAGAUCAAGGAGGCCAUCGACUUUUUCGAAAGGAGCGCCGAGAUCGCCAGGACGGAACCAGAGCUGGUCAAUGCCAUCACCUACGAAAAUGCAUCGAGAGCGCAGCUGAAAUUCAUCAGCGACUUCCCAGAGGAGGGAAAGGUGCUUCAGCAGCUCGCCGGAGGCAUCGCGUAAACGAUGAAGCGACCCAUCGAUUAAAAUGCCCCUCCCUUCCUUUGUUAGUCCUCUCAUGUACCGUACCUGCAGAAAAAGUUGCUCCCUUCGUCCACCAAGCCAAUCACCGCUCUUCUGGAAUGAAAAUGAAAGAAACGACAUUCUACUUUUUUCAACCCUUAGAACGGAGGGGCGGCGUGUGACAGCGCCUCGUCGCUACAGGACUACCACUUUCGAAAGGCUCUCAUCACUCACGAAGGGAGAAAGAGAGGUUGAUG